AUGCUUAUAAGAGUGAUAGAAUCUUUACCAAUAAUGGUAGCAAAGUUACAAUUUUAAAUUAUACUAGUUGUACUAAUCAGUUAUCAUAUUGUACUAUUACAAAUUCAGCUUGUACAUCUAGAACAAGUACCAAUUAUGGAUAAAAUAUUUUAUUUUUUGACUCAUGAUAUUUGUAUUACUUGUUAAUCACCAACUACUAUCCCUUGCCAAAAAAUAAGUUGUUAACUAAAAUAUGCAAAAAUUAUGAUCACUAAAUUCCAAUUUUUCAGAACUUUAAGCUAAUGUAGAUGCAAGUGCUUAUUAACCAAUGCUUGACCUAAUUGAGCUAAAAAUAUUCCUAAUUGUAAUAAUUAUUAUAAAUUGUGAAUUUGUAAGAGGACCUUAUUGUACAAAUAAAACAUGCAUAUCAACAUCAGGUAUGACAAAUUUUAAUCAUAAAACUUGCUCUCAAUUUAUAAAAGAGUACAAACAAUUUAGGUUCAUCUAAUUGUUAAUUGAGAACAUGUUGAAAAUCAAAAAGGAUUUUUUUUAUUCCUCUCAUUAAUCAAGUGAGAAUUAGUUGUUUUAAUGCACAGUAAAUAGUGCAAAUAUACAGAAGUAAGAACUUGUACUAAUUCUGAAGGUUAUGUAUAUCAUUUACACAAAUAGAAUGGAAUACAUCAUUCUUUUAGUGGAACAAGUUCUGUGUGAAGAAAGCAGAAUAUAGGCAAGUGCUCCAACAAGGUAUUAAUAUGAAUAUUCUAAAAGUGGGCAUAUUCUUGGAUUUGCACAAAAAAUAAUGAACAAACUUGUACUACUAAAUAUGCUCUAAAACAAAUUUAGCAUUUCCAUUUUUAAUCAUUCUAAUUUUGCAGAAUAGGUAAGCAAUUGUUUAAGUUAGUGUAAUAAACAAUAUUAAUUAUGGGAAAGAUAAAAUUUGAUGGAGGACCAACAUGCAGAAAUUCUAUAAUACCCUUUGUGA